CCAAGUUUCAACUUCCUUUUGGGGCAAGUCUUUCCCUACAGUAACCACAAUUCUUAGCAGAGGAGAACUGGAUGGUGCUGUAUUUCUCUGCCUCCCAGAAAGAUUCAAACCAUGAGAUUAUCAGCAAGAAUUAUUUGGCUUAUAUUAUGGACUGUUUGUGUAGCAGAAGAUUGUAAAGGUCCUCCUCCAAAAGAAAAUACAGAAAUUCUGUCAGGGUCUUGGCCUGACCAACCAUACCCAGAAGGCAUUCAAGCCACCUACAAAUGCCGCCCUGGAUACCGAACACUUGGAACUAUUGUUAAAGUAUGCAAGGGUGGAAAAUGGGUGGCUUCUAACCCAUCCAGGAUCUGUCGGAAAAGGCCAUGUGGGCAUCCUGGAGAUACACCCUUUGGGUCCUUUAGCCUGGCAGUUGGAACUGCGUUUGAGUUUGGUGCAAAGGUUGUUUAUACCUGCAAUGAGGGGUAUCAACUGUUAGGUGAGAUUGAUUACCGUGAAUGUGAUGCGGAUGGGUGGACCAAUGACAUUCCAUUAUGUGAAGUUGUUAAGUGUUUGCCAGUGACAGAACCAGAGAAUGGAAGAAUUGUAAGUGGCUCAGUGGAACCAGACCAGGAAUAUUAUUUUGGACAGGUGGUGCGCUUUGACUGCAAUGCAGGCUUCAAGGUUGAAGGACAGAAAGCAAUCCACUGCUCAGAAAACGGCCUUUGGAGCAGUGAAAAGCCGAGAUGUGUGGAGAUUUCCUGCACACCACCAGUAGUUGCAAAUGGACAAGCUGUAUCCAAGAAACCAGUUUACAAGGAGAAUGAAAGGUAUCAGUAUCAAUGUGACCGAGGUUUUGUGUACAGAGAACGAGGGGAUGCAGUCUGCACAGUUUCCGGAUGGAGUCCUCAGCCUGCCUGUGAAG